AUGGCUGGCUUAUCCACAUUAUUAAUUCAUGCUGAUGAUGGUGUUAGCGACCAUGUUACAGACGUCGCACCACCGAUAAAUGUUUCAACUACUUUUAGAUAUGAUAACGAUAACUUGGUACUGCCAGAGGGAGAUUGCGAUGGAUAUGCGACCGAAGGAGCUCCAGUUUAUUCUAGGGAAGGUCAUCCCAAUUCUAAUAGGUGUGGAUCCAUCCUUUCCCAUGCUUUAAAUGGGUAUGCAGUGGCAUAUAAUUCUGGUCUCAGUGCUUUUGGAGCAGCAUUGACGCAUUAUAAUCCAAAGAGGCUAUUCAUUGGACAAAGUUACCAUGGAUGUCAUAAAUUGGCAGAUAUCUGGGUCCGCAAUUAUGGUUUAUUAAAAUUGGGUCUUGAUGAGAUAGAGGAACGUGCACAGCCAGGAGAUAUGGUGCACAUUGAAUCUCCUAUGAAUCCCUACGGGACGGCGGUGGACAUUGAGGAAUAUGUUUCGAAGGGACACAAGAAAGGCGCUAUCGUUAUGAUUGAUUCCACAUUUGCACCUCCCCCGUUACAAAAUGCCUGGGAGUUUGGCGUUGAUAUCCUGAUGCAUUCCUGCACAAAGUAUUUAGGUGGUCAUUCGGACUUGCUUGGUGGCGUACUUGUAGUGAAAGAUAAAGCAGUAUUUCGCCAAUUGGUUGCGGAUCGCAUAUAUCUAGGCACCAACAUUGCAAACUUAGAUUCUUAUUUAUUGAUACGUUCUUUGAGGACAUUAGAGCUCAGAGUCAUGAAACAGAGUGAUACUGCAACCAAGUUAGUAGCCUACCUAAAGCAGCAUAUUUCUGAGUUUAGUGAUGUUCUUUCGGAGAUCCGUCACACAUCAUUACAGCAAGAAGAGUUUGUUAAGAAACAAUUGGCUGGGGGGCAUACCCCAGUGUUUUCAAUAAUGCUUAAAACUGUAGAUCAGUGCAGGGAAUUACCUAAGAAACUAAAGUUUUUCCAUCAUGCAACGUCUUUUGGAGGAGUAGAGUCCCUUAUUGAAUGGAGAGCUCUUUCUGACCCUGAGAUAGAAAAAACACUAGUCAGAGUCUCUGUGGGGUGUGAAGAUCAUAAUGACUUGAUCAAUGACCUCGCGAACGCUUUGAGGUAUUUGCAGACUCAAGUAACUAACUAA